GUUCAGACUGGCCUCUUAGAGGAAACUGAAAGUGAAAUAGAGAGCUGUUGAAUCGCCUGAUCAGAGCACCCCAAGGUCUGCACAGUGCUGCCCGACAAGAACAGGACUGUCACUCCCAUGGCUUCUGCAACGCCCCUGGCAAUGAUGUGGGAGGAGGUCACAUGUGCCAUCUGCCUAGAUCCCAUGGUGGAGCCCGUGAGCAUUGAAUGCGGUCACAGCUUCUGCCAGGAAUGUAUCUCUGAGGUUGGGAAAGAUGGGGGUGGUAUCUGUCCUGUGUGCCGGGAGCGCUUUCUGCUCAGGAACCUCCGGCCCAAUCGACAUCUAGCCAACGUGGUGGACAACCUUAAACAAAACUGCCAGGCUGCCAAGGAUGAGCCACAAGGGCAGCGAUGCACAGUGCAUGGAGAGAAACUUCACCUGUUCUGUGAGGAAGAUGGGCAAAUCCUCUGCUGGGUGUGUGCCCGAUACCAGAAACACCGUGAGCACCACACAGUCCCUAUUGACGCAGCUGCUCAAGGGUACCAGGAAAAGCUCCAGGUGGCAUUAGAAAAGCUAAGACAUCAGCAGGAGUUGGCAGAGAAGUUGGAAGUAGAUGUUGCAAUGAAGAGAGCAGAGUGGAAGGCAAGAGUUGAGAUGCACAAGUCCAGGAUUCAUGCAGAGUUUGUGCAGCAGAAAAACUUCCUGGCUGAAGAGGAACAGAGGCAGCUGCAGGCGCUGGAGGCAGAAGAGAGGGAGCAACUGAGAACCCUAGGGGAAACAGAGGCUGACCUGGCCCAGCAGAGCCAGGCCCUACAGGAGCUGAUCUCAGAACUAGAGCGGAGGAGGUGGGGCUCGCCGCUGGAGCUGCUGCAGGAGGUGGCAGUUGUGCUGGCAAGGAGUGAGUCCUGGAGCCUGAAGGAGCUGAAAGUCAUCUCACCAGACCUGAGGAGUGUGUGCCAUGUGCCGGGGCUAAAGAAGAUGCUGAGGACGUGUGGCGUACACGUCACUCUGGAUCCACAAACGGCCAAUCCACAGCUCAUCAUCUCAGAGGAUCUGAGACAAGUGAGGCUUGCAAACACCUGGCAGGAGGUGCCAAAAAAUGAAGAGAGAUUCGAUAAUUAUCCAAUGGUCCUCGGUGCCCAGCACUUCACCUCUGGAAAGCAUUACUGGGAAGUCAGUGUGAGGGGAAAGAGGGCCUGGGACCUGGGAGUCUGCAGAGCCUCGGUGCAGAGGAAGGGGAAUUUUGUGCUCAGCACUGAGAGAGGCUUCUGGACGAUUUGGCUGUGGAAAGUAAAACAAUAUGAGGCUGGCACCUGCUCCCCAACCCCCCUCCACCUUCGGGUACCUCCACACCAAGUUGGGAUCUUCCUGGACUAUGAGGCCAGCACUGUUUCCUUCUACAAUGUCACUGACCACGGGUCCCUGAUCUACACCUUCUCUGACUGUGACUUUGCUGGACCUCUGCGGCCCUUCUUCAAUCCUGGUUUCAAUGAUGAUGGAAAAAAUGGAGCUCCUCUCACUCUCUGUCCACUGAAGAUGGCAUAGUCUGGACUCACCAAUUACUGAGGACUCUUCAUGGACACCCUUGUGCCAUUGGGGCCCCUCCCUGCAGCGUCCCCUGCCUCUUUUGCCCAUGAACGCUUGAGUCAUUUUUGCCUCUGCAGAGGUGUUGGGAUCCCAGGAAGCAGGUGUUAGCAGGGGUGGGAGGUCACUGAAAGCCAAUAUCAAGUGGGUAUUUCUGCUGUAGAUUGCCAAUUCCCUCCAGUGAAGCAAACUGCAGAUUUAGCCCAAACUCACCUGAACCAGACAGUUUCCACCUCCUUUAUGUCGCUGAAGUUCUGUCCAAGGGGACAGCACUGUAGUGUAGAAGGUUAAGCCACUGCCUGCAGGCACCAGUUCAAGUCCUGGUUUCUCCACUUCCAAUCCAGCUACCAGCUAAUGUGUCUGGGAAAGCAGUGGAAGAGGGCCAAGUCCUUGGGCCCCUGCACCUGUGUGGGAGACCCAGCUAAAUCUCCUGGCUUUGGCCUGGCCCAGCUGUAGUCAUUGUGGCCAUUUAGUUAGUGAACCAGCAGACAGAAGCUUGCUCACUCUCUCCCCUUCAAGUAAAUAAACCUUUAAAAAAAAAUCCUGUUUUAGCCUCUCCAUCUUCAUUAUUAUCUUAGAUCAGAGCUCUAUUAGACCGUGGAUGGUUUGUAAAAUAGCUUCCUAAAACAGUUGUGUUGCAUUCUGCCCUUGCUCCUUAAACCUGAAAUACUUGACAACUCUGAUUAAUAGUGAUAUACGACAUUCCUUCAAAAUGUUCAUGGAAAAUACAUAUGAAAAGCUAUGCAUGGAUUUCAAUUUUUGCACUAAAAUAAAUGUAUCUUAACUCCAUUUUUUUACAAACUUUGAAGUAUGCUUGGAUAUCUAAUGUUGCACAUGUUUUCCUGCCUGGGCUGCCCUCCCCACUUCUGCAUCUGGAUUAUUUGGUCUUGGGCAGAAGAUACCAGUCAAGAGUCUCCUCUCUCGCUUUCCAAGUGGCCAC